GACUCAUUUGUCAUAAAGUUUUAAUGCAUAAAAAUAACCUCACUUUUAUGAUUGCGUGCAAGUAGUAAACAAUGCUAGUGCUAAUAAUUUGUUGAUCGUUGUACCAGUCGUAUUUCCCAAUUAAAUAGCAUUUCGUUGCUACUGUAGAUAGCUUUGAUUAGGAGACUUAUGUACAAUGAAAGCCAAUAAGAGAAGUCAUGAUUUUAAAGCAUUAGAGCUAAAACUCACCGAAGAGUCUGUGUCCCCACAUGUCAUUUAUUUCAAAGAACAUUCAGUGAGAGAACACAGUUCGGACAAACCAUCCGGUCGAACUCUUUUCGUUGUCAACUUGCCACCGUAUGCCGAUGAAAAAGGGCUUUCAAACGCCUUUCAAGAAGCUGGUACGGUGCAUUCCGUGAGCUUUAGUAAUAAACCCAAUGAAAUAAAAGAAAAACCUACCAAAACAUUAUUAGCGGAACCAUUGAAUCCAAGGUUUAGGAUAGCGUAUGUGGUAUUUAAGAAAGUUGCACAGCUGGACAAAGCCUUAAAACUGUCAAAAUUAAAGCCUAUGUAUGAUAGCAAUGAUGAAAUAAAACUUGGUAUGGAUAAAUGGAUACAAGAAUACAAUAAUUCAAUAAUGUUACCUAAAAACCUUAAGGAAAGCAUUGAAGAGUUUAUGAAAUCUUAUGAUGCGGAAAAAAAGAGUGCGGAAGAGAAGGAAAAACAAUUAGAGCAGGAAGAUGACGAAGGUUGGGUUACUGUUACAAAGGGUGGGAAAGUGCAGAGCUUUGCCCGAUCUGAUAAAGUCGAACACAAGAUUAUGACUAAAGAAGAAAAGAAUAAAAAGAGAAAAGAACUGAAAAAUUUCUACACUUUCCAAAUAAGAGAAUCUAAAAUGAAACAUAUUGUUGCACUGAGGCAGAAGUUUGAAGAGGAUAAAAGGAAAAUCGCACAAAUCAAACAAAGCAGAAGAUUUAAACCUUUUUAAUAAAAUAAAAAUACUUUUUACUAGUUUCAUUUCAAA